AUGAUCCGCAUCCAGAGAAACGAAGAUUCAGUGCCGCUCCAGACACUGUCCCGGAGCUUCAACUUUGCAAAAAAGGAUGAGGCUAAGUGGUGGUGGAGUACCGCGCCUAUGUUCGCUAACAUUAUGGAAAAUUCCAACUACGAUGUUCAUGCGCAGUACGGCUUUCUCUGUGUUCACCGCGAUUUCGUCAUUCCAAUGCUUGGACCAUAUCCCACCAAAGGAGAUAAAAUGGCGUGGAAGAGUACCUUAACACGCUUCGGGCUCCCAUUCGAAUUAAGUUUCAACUACUCGAAGUCAUUGCUCCGGUUUGCCUUUGAGCCUCUGGGGCCUUCCACUGGCACUGAUGAGGACCCUUUCAAUACCAAAGCCAUCUGGAAGGCGCUUGAAAGCUUUCAGGCAAUUCUUCCAGGGCUCGAUCUUCGGUGGUUUGGUCAUUUCGUCCGAGAACUCGUUGUUUCAGAUGAAGAUGUUCAACAAAUCCGCGAUAAAGAGCUACCUGUUCCAAUGUUCAAGACUCAAAACCAACUGGCCGCUGACCUGAAUCCAGAUGGUGGUAUGAUGCUAAAAGCAUACAUUUACCCACGGAUCAAAGCCAUGGUUAGGGGUGUGACAAAGGAAAACCUCAUGUUUGAGGCAAUCAGAAAGAUUGACAUUGACGGUAAAUUAGCCGGACCAUUAUCGGUUCUGGAAACAUUCAUGGCUUCGAGCGACACUUUGAUCGCUCAUUUUCUUUCAUGUGACCUGAUCGACGUAUCAAAGUCUAGAAUUAAACUAUAUUGUUUCGAGCUCCAGUUAGAUUGGGAGACUCUUUCCGCCAUUUGGACUUUGAACGGGUUGCGCAAUGACCCAGAGACAAUCAUCGGGCUUCAGUGGCUCAAAAAGCUCUGGGAGCUUUUGCCGAUCACUCAUGGUCGAGCCCCACUCCCCAACUGCUUUCAUGAACCAGGCGACUCGCCCGAUGAGCAGCUUCCGCUUAUUGUCAAUUUUACACUGUCGCCAAACAAUUCGAUGCCCGAGCCCCAAAUCUAUUUCCCUGCCUACGGGAAAAGCGAUUUAGAAAUUGCGCAAGGUCUAGCUACAUUCUUCGAUCAUGUGGGCUGGUCCAGUUUGGCCAAUUCAUAUGCGUCUGAUUUGUCCUCAUAUUAG